AUGGCACCGACCGCCCAGCCGAGAGUGGGCUUCCAUGUGGAAGGACUCGACCCCCGCUUGAUACGCUUCACGACUGCCUACCGACUGCUCAUGGCACGGAAACUAGCCUCGAUCGACUUUGGCAACCUUGCAGCAAAGGCGGUCGAACACUACAAGAAUGCGACCGGUAAAAAGAUUACGAUAUCACAACUUUGGAGCGCCCUCCGGCGCGAUUUCGACAUUGCUAAGGCCGGCGACCAAUGCUGGAGAUUCUUAUAUGGCCGCGUCCUCACUGGUUCCCAGCUCCAUUGGACGGACCCAGGCCGACAUCAUUGCCCGAUGCACGGAGUGGAUUUAACCGCAGUGCACAUCUGGCCUACACUGCGAAGUUUCCAGCGCGAUUUGGAGGCGGUGGAAUUAUGGGGGAAGAUCAGGACAGAUACGACGAUGCGCCAACAUCGCUCCCUCUCUGAAAUGGUUGCUCUCGCCGCAAUCAGCCCCGCGCCAUCGAAACAAGAGAAGGAGAGGUGGAAGGCGAUAUACCAAACAGCGAUUUGGUGUAUCUGGAAGGCCUACCUGAGUUUUUCUUGGGCGAUGGCGAAGUUCGAACUGCACUUGGGGCCCAGCAACGGCCUCCUCUUAGGAAAAGCAGAUGAAAGUAUAGGAAGUAAUGUAGACGAAGAUUGUCAUAAGAAUCAUUUUGACUAG